UGAAAAAUGAGACAUGCACAUUGAGUCAGUGCUGAGAACCUUGUGGAAGUGAGCAGCCUUCAAGGAAUUAAAAGCUAAAGAGUGGUUUUUUUCUCAGAUGCCACCCAGGUGUAUGGUCCUUCCCAGGAAGCAAAGGUUGCAUUGGGGAACCCUCACUUCAUCUGAUAACUAGCAACAAAGCAGGUGCCAUGGCCUACAUCUCUGAGCUCACCUGUAUCUACUCUGCCCUUGUCCUGCAAGAUGAUGAGAUGAUUGUCACAGAGAGGAUCAAUGCCCUCAUUAAAGCUGCUGAUGUAAAAGGUGAACCUUUUCGGCUUGGCGUGUUUGCAAAGGCCCUGGCCAGUAUCAACACUGGGAGUCUCACUGGCAAUGUAGGGGCUGGUGGACCUGCUCUGGCGGCUGAGGUGGCACCAGCAGGAGGUCCUGACCUCUCCACCACUGCUACCCUAGCUGAGGAGGAGAAAGUGGAAGAAAGAAGAAUCUGA